CGCCUGAGGUUUUUCAUGAUAAGAUACAUACAAAGGCUGCAGACAUUUAUUCAUUCGGAAUGGUUAUUUACGAAGUAUUUUCUGGCGUUGUUCCUUUUAGAAAUGUUGAUUGUGAAAAUGAAGAAGAAA